AUGUGCCUACCCAUCAUCCGAACCCUAUUUAUCACCAUACACCGUGACAAUGAUCCCACAGACAACGAGCGCCCAUCUACAGACGAGGGCCCCGAAGCCCCCGACAGCCGCAGCCACCCCUAUUCUCGGCUCGAAGAGUUACCGCUCGAUAUCUUCGUCCUCAUCACCCCACACCUCCCCGUCGUGACCAAAGCGUGUCUCGCUCUUUCCUGCAAGGCCUUUUACGGACUCCUCCGCUCUGCCCUCGACGACAAGAGCCUAUCCUGGCCCCGAUUUCUAGCAAGUCCGUCCCCCUGCCGCGAAGCGUCCUUCGGCAGCGCACUAUACUUCCCUCGGAAUCAGCUCCUGCUCAAGCUCGAAGACGACCGCUGGCUAUACUGCUCUAGUUGCCUCAAGCUCCAUCCACACGGCCACUUUCCAAGGGGGGCAUCAAGGAUCCCGCCGUCUGAGCGGUCUUGUAUCAAAGUUCCUUUUGGCGGUAUUGUUGAUCUGUGCGCUUGCCUGGCUCUGACUCAUUCAAAUGGCGCCCGGUUGGCAGAGUGGGUAGAGACAGGAAGACCAGGGGAUGGCCUGCAUCAAAAGGUCCAGCGGGAAUUCGAGUUGAAAGUGCUCAAGGAUAACCGGCGAGUGUUGGUUCAUGAAUGUUCGGUAACCUGUCAACCUGAUGCCGUCGUUGCACUCACCGCGACGGUGACCCUCAAUGCCAACAGCCAUCUCGUGGUCAAAAUGCGAUACGGCGUAUCCUGGUCAAAGCCGUGCAAGGAUUUAGAACACGAUCGAGUCUUCUACUUCCGGCCCUAUCAAGCGCCCCGCAAUACCGCGCCCAUAGCUCUCUGCCCGCACACCAAGGCCUUCUUUUGGUUUUCCGGGAGUUACUAUCCCUACCAGCCCAACCUGCCGUGCAGAGAUACGUGCGGCGUGUGUGAUACAAAGAUCCGCUUGCUUGGCAUCACAGAUGAUGGCCUCUACUCUGUCAUCCAGAGCGAACGCGACUUGGGCCUCGUGCAAAAUGACCGAAGUGAAGACUUCUGGGAGCGGGACAAUUAUGAGCGCUGGCAUCGGGCUUCUCGGUUCCCAGGAAAUGAUUUGGAGAACUGA